AUGUCCUCCGCAGUGGGAGCCGCAAUGUCCCUUAUUGGACAGGAUAGUGAUGAGGCAAGAGCGGCGGUAAGGCUGCAGCGGGAGCUGAAGCGCAGAAAGGACGCUCUACGAAAACUUGAGAAGAAGAUGAAGGCCCUUAAGCCUUCCGACACUGUCUUCCAGGUGACUAUGGAGGAAAUGGAGAAACUUAAGAACGAGGUGGACCAACUGGAGAAAGGCGUCGCCUCGCAGCAGGAAGAAAAGAAGAGUAGUGUUGAAUCGAAAUCACCGCGUCGCGGGACCUCGGCGGCUCCCCGCCUAGUUGGAUCUCCCAGAAAGGACCCCCUCAAGUCCUUGACACCGAGGGGUGCAGGAGUGAAGACUCCGAAAGCGUUGUCAACACCGCGCAUAAGGCGGGAUCUGGCCCCCAGUGCGCACACAUCCCGACAGAAGGCCGUGAGCAAGGAGGAGAGACGGGCGGGUUAUGUGACAGAUGACCUGGGCGAGAGAGUGGCUGUUACUGUGAGUGCUGGGACGGCGGGAUCACAGAUGCGUGAUGAGCAACUCUUUGUGGACGUGCAGGCUGUUGUUCAGGAGCACAUUGACCGCUCCGUGACAGGCUCACCGUGCGCCAUCGUUUCCCCUCGGAACGAUAUCGACUGUGAGGGAGUGCACUAUCAGGUUGCGGAGUUGGCGCUGAUGAUGGAGUCCAUGAUGGUUGUUGGAGGAAAUGCCCGUACCUUCGCGAUGAUUGAAGCCUUCAAAGCGUUACUGAAAUCGUCUCCAACGUUGUCUGGUUCCACUGUUAACCACUUUCCUUCAAAAGAGUUUGAAAGUCUGAUCAAGGUUAAUUUCGACUUUCUAUGCCGAAGUCGCGCACCGUCUGCAGGUAUGACCAACGCUAAGGAUUCUUUAGUGCGUCGUGUAGUUGCAUUGCUGUCACAGAGAGAGAAGGCGCGGUUUUCCGCGGACGAUUUGUUUGCCUCACUAAGAUCCGCGCGACUAGAGAGUUCAAUGUGUGUUCAAUCUACUGCCGUCGGGCGGGAUAGGAAUGAAACAUGCUUCCUUGACAUCAGCCCUCGUGAUUUGGCACUGAAAGUUUUAGGCGCCAUCGAGCGGGAGCUUCAACUCUCUAUAAAGAGCAUCGUCGAGGAUCGCGCAGAACCCCAUCUUUCCUCUAACGACACAAUUCUUGUGUUUGGUAGGAGUAGUACCGUCGAGCUCAUUCUCCUUGCUGCAGCGAAUAACCCGCGCCUUGCAAGUAAGCCGAAGGUUAUCGUCGUUGAUUCAGCUCCACUUUACGAAGGUCGUGCCCUUGCAACGAGGCUUUCGUGCAGCGGCCUUGACGUCACAUACGGGCUUAUUACGACGUGUUGCACACUCAUGCCCAGAUGCACUCGCGUUUUUAUUGGGGCAGCCGCCGUUCUUCAGAACGGUGAUGUGUUUAGCCGCUGUGGCACGGCUGUCGUGGUCUCAAGCGCGAAGCAAUUUCGCAAACCCGUUCUGUGCUUCAGUGAGAGCAUUAAGUUUGUCCCAGAGGUGUGGCUCGGUAAUCUUGGACAAAAUACCAGGCUGACCGACAUGCGGCAGCCUCACCGCGGCGAGCUCCGAAUCCGAAGUCCAGGCAACUGGAGCCCCUUAUCGCACGGUAGCCGUGAAUUAAUGGAUGUCAAGAAGGGCUGGGGUCAGUGCAAUUCCGGUGGUCUCUCCGGCCGAGGUACGAACGAAGAGCCGUCCCGGUUGCUGCAGACGGAUGCCCCACCCAGCUCCGGUUACCUCUAUGACCUUACGCCAGCCGCUUACAUUGACAUGAUCAUCUGUGAGAUGGGGUGCUUGCACACUUCGGCGAUUCUUGCAGCGCUGCGUGAUCGUGAGGACAGAGAUCUUUAUUUGAUGUCGGCUACGUGA